AUCAAAUACUGGAAUGUUGAGAAAGGGGAGAAUAUCAAACCGUGUAUCUAUUUUCGAGUUUACUUUCAUGGUGGAGAAAAUACAUCCUUUGCAAAGCGCUUCUUUGUGUAUUCAAACCGACGUCCCACUUCACCCGAACAAUAAGUUUGGUCAAUGUUUUUUAAAGAGAUGUUGAAUUACCUACCUUAACUUUUCUCUCUGAUGAAAUUGAUUCUAAACCGUAUCCUUGUGAAUAGUGUGGUGUCUAGCGGUGUGAAAAUUAAUUUGAGGAGGAACACUUGAUUAACCAAAACGACAAACACGCUUUUCAGGGACACAGGUUUGCCAAUUACAAAGGACAGGUGGUUUGGGCCCACAAAUAGGGAAAGGCCUCGUUGGCGUACCUCAAGUAAAGGCUAUAAUUAGUUACAGAUACACAGUUCGACGUUUUGUCUGAACUUGGGACGGAUGCAGGUGGCCAAGUGGUUAACGUUUGUGACUGCUGACCAGAGGGUCGGGGGUUCGAAUUCAGCUGCCGGCACUAGUUUAUGACCUCGGGUAAGCUACUUCCACCCUUGCUUGCCCCAAAGAGCAUGGGUCCAAAAGUUUUCAACCAUUUCCGAUUUUCCCCACAGGUAUUGAUUUACUCACUGAGAUUUAAGUUCGCCGAGGCGUCGGUAAAUUGGCUUUAGUGUUCCCAGAUACACAAGCAGAUCGGCCGGGAGGUGAAGUUGUUUUACUUCCCGAUAUUUGGUACUCGUUCUGUGUGGAUCCGGUAUGGAUAUCUCCCGGAGCCAAAACUCCCCCAAUAGCCACUCGUCCUUCCAGAUCUCUAACCAGAUCGGUGUGGGCCGCUGCAACCUGAGUCCUGUCUCCCCCUGGGGCAAGCGCCUACAGAUGCUCAAGAUGCUUCUCUUCCCCCUCAUGCCAGCCGUCUGUCUCUUCGCGUUGACAGCUGUCAACGUCCAACAGGCCGUGACUGCUCGCCAGGAGCUACAAGAUUUCAACUUAAUCUUCAAGCAGUCGGUGGCCCUGGGCUCCAUCAUGCACGCCAUCGAGAUCGAGCAGUCGCUUGCCACGCUCUUCACCCGCUACGACGACAUCAGCCGGGUGAGCUUGGACUCCAGCUACGCCGACACCGACGUGGCGGUGCGCAACCUCCCUUACUGGCCUGAAGAGACGCGCUUCACAUCCAGCGCCCAGUUUCUGGCGUUCUUGAACGACUUGCGGUCCCAGAGCAGACAGAAAAACACCAGCGUCUUCGAACUCCUGCGGAUCUACUCCAGCGUGAACCGGGCCUUCAUGCCUCUGCUGACUGACACCAUCCUGCAGACCAACCAUGAGAGGCUGUGGAAGAACCUGAUGUCUUUUGCCUUCAUCAUACGGGCCCAGGAGCGCACGGGGGCCAUGUCCGCCUACGGGGCUGAGUUCUACCUUCUCGGCGGGUUACAGAGUGUAAACUACCUGUCGUUUGUCCGCAACAGGGAAUUGAGCGUCAUCCACUUGAACACGUGCCUGAACUACGUACCUUCAACGAGAGAUGUAUACGACGAAGGCUUGGAAGCAAGAAACAUACAGCUGAGCAAAAUCGAGAUCAUGAAGGACGAAAUUUACAGCAAUCACACAACAGCAACGAGUGAGAAUGCUUCCCUGCAAAGAGCCACCCACUGGCUGGGGAACACCACGGGCCAGUUGAAGGUGAUGAGGAAUGUUGGACUGUACUUGGAAAGCAUGGUCAGCGAUCGCAUUAGCCUCGAAAUCGUCGCCAAAAACGAGGAGAUUGCUGUUGCAGCUGCGCUCUUUGGUGUGGUCUGUCUGGUGGUGCCCGUCAUUCUUGUGAUGGUGUCCAAGUCGACUAAAUCAAUACAGACCUACGCAUCAAAAUUGACGGAAAAGACGGUGGAGCUAAACACGGAGAAAAAACGGAGCGAUUCCUUGCUUUAUCGGAUGCUGCCGCGUCCCGUUGCCAAGCAACUGAGGAGCGGGGAGGACGUCAAUGCUGAGUCCUUUGAGCGGGUCAGUAUUUUCUUCAGUGACAUCGUCGACUUCACCGAGAUAUCAGCUAAGAGUACGCCCAUGCAGGUGGUGGUUUUCCUCAACUCUCUCUACCAACUCUUCGAUGAGCGCAUCGAGACGUACGACGUGUACAAGGUUGAGACCAUCGGCGACGCCUACAUGGUCGUCAGCGGCCUGCCCAUGCGCAACGGCAACCGCCACGCCGGCGAGGUGGCCAGCUUGGCUCUGGACCUGAUGGACCGGGCAGCUGAGUUCAGGAUCCCGCACCUGCCGUCUGACCGACUCAGGCUGCGAGUCGGACUCCACACCGGACCAUGUGUCGCUGGAGUGGUGGGCUCAAAAAUGCCGAGGUAUUGUCUGUUUGGGGACACCGUCAACACCGCUUCAAGAAUGGAGUCGCAUGGUGAACUACGCAUGCCACGCCUCCAAACUCGUGAUCUGGAAGCAUGGCAGCUCAAGGCUCACAUGCAGCUGUCAAUUAAAGCCCGCGUCGUUCCGCCCCCUGGUAAUCGACUGCGCUCAGGGUCUAAAGCUGAAUUUCUACCAGUGAACACGUUAUUACCUGUUUGCUACUGUGGAAGAGAGAAACAGCGAUCUGGAAACGAUUACUCGUCAAGAGAUUUUGAAAUAGGUAUUGGCCGCAUACAGACGAUGGAAAACUUCGGACAAGUGUUGAAACUCGUCGUCAUAGCAACCCUCUCGGUCGCCUGGACAACAGCGCAAGACACUCCGUGUACUUGCGACUAUACGCAGUAUGAAGGGCUGGAGAGCCGCAUCACGACCUUAGAGACCCUGACAUCCAGCCUUCAUGACACCGUAUUUAAGGUCAGGCAAGACAACAACAAGAUGAAGAAGCUGACUGUUGCCUCAUUGAACAUAGCCCUGACUCCUGAGGAGAACCAGUGUCAACACGUGGAAGAACUCGUUAACAUCAUCGGAGGACUUUCAUUCUACGUGGGGCUGGGCCCCAAUUCCUGCGAGCUGAUGGGCACGGCGCUCUACCCUGCCGUGGCCUGCAGUCAGCUGCAUGAAGCCUGCCGGAAACCUAGCGGAAGUUACUUCGUCCGAAGCACAGUCUUCACAGAGGUAUACUGUGAGAUGGACGAGUUCGGCGGCGGCUGGACUCGCUUCGGCCGGGGCGGCAUGGAGUCCGCCUGGAACUACCAGGACGAGAACGAGAGCGAGGUCACCCUGAUUGUGAUCUCCCCGCGGGACGUCAAGCUGAUCCAGGACCUGCGCUUCAACACCUUCCGGGUCUCCACCGACGUGACGUUCCGCAUGCAGGCCGAUGACUCCACUAGCCCCUCCACCGUGUACACGCGGACCUUGCCUUGGCUGGAGGAGAAGCCGUUUACCAUCGGUUACGGACGCGACCAUACACGCUUGGAGCUUACCGAUGAAGGAGACCGACUCAACUGUUUCGCCGGCGGCUCUAGCCGAUGCGGUGAGGACGGACUACCGCGGACUGACGAGCCGUCCGCGCGGGUAGCGUUCACCUCCGUCUACUUCGGUCCCCGAGCCGAAGACCGCGGGGCUCAGGCGCACCAGUCCGAGUGGUCUCGCAAUCGUUUCACCUGGUCGGGUUCCUUCUAUUACCUAUUAGCCAAGUAAACACCAAGCCGUCCGGGUGAUCCUGUGGUCGUAGGCCCGUGGCGUUCCAUGUGGCUUCCAGGCCAUGUUGUAUUAAUGACCGUGUAAUGAGCUUAUUGCAUGCAUAAUCGAUCUGUACGUAAAUCUCACCCCAAGGGUACGUCAUGAAUCGAUCUUUAAGGACCAAAAAGGUAUUACCGUAGAGAGUUUAAUGCGGUCCUUAAAAUUGUUCCUUCGUAUCCUGCAAAUGUAUUUUUCCUCUUUAUUCAACUGCAGUUUUAAAGAUAUUUAGUCAGCUGUGGUUUUAUCUUAAUACAAAUUUUUCAGUGUUGCGUCAAGGAUGACAAAGAUGGUGCUUUACCGGGCAUCUAAACACCGAGCACUCACAAGUCUCCUUCCACAUAGGUUCGGCGACAUAUUUCUCCCACUAGCAUUUACUGUAUGAAAUAACUGGGGACGUUUGAGACGCUUGGUGGCGGCAAACAUACCGGUCCCACGUGACCAGUCCGGUAUGUGAAUUUUUUUUAACACCACGCGGUAUUCGGUAAGCGCUAGCGCUAUACAUUUGUGGCUGUGUAGGAUUGUUUUAAAGAGAAGUGAAGUCUGAAAUUUCAACAGGAGAAAGCUUCCACGAGGCGUGAAGACUAGUCUCCGCUCAAGACCGGCAAUAAACAAUAAUUUCCCACAGAAAAGUAUACAAGGUGUAACCCCAGACUUGUAAUAAGAACCACGCCUCCGAUAUUGUUUGAGCAGGCGCACAUAACCUGAAACCACACGUGACGCAACAGAAAAGGGUCAGUUUAUUUUCUGCCACCAAGAAUUUCAUACUUUUCCCUUUCCUCUUUCUUUCGCUCUUUCUUUUUGCAAAUCUUGUUUUUUAUAUUCUAAUCAACGUUAUAACGUGUAGUAAUGGCGGCUACUACCUCAGCACACAUUUAUAAGUGAAUAUUAUUAAAACUUAAUCUUUGUUUCUGUUUCCUUAUAAUGCUCAUAACUUUUAACGAUUGCUUAAAAAUAUUACAAUAAAACAUGUUAUUGAAAUAGUUUGGA